AUGGUAUCUGGCUGGCCCGCCACGCAAACUGCGCCCAGCGCCCAGUCUGCACCUGCACCUCACGCCUAUCAUCCCAAUCCUGCAUUCAUUCCCGUUCAGGUUCGACAAGGAUUCGCGCAAUAUAUCCCUCCUCCACCUCCCGGAUACCAGGCCGUGCCUCCCGCUGCACCCCCCGGAAUGUCACCACCCGCAGCAGCAGCUCCGGAGGCUCAGCCCAAGGCGAAGACUGAAUGGCCGGAAUCCGUUAGAAAUUAUGUCCAGCGAUCAUUCCUUCCCACCAACGACGAUGCCUAUGUUACUCGGGCCGAGAUAGAGGCGAAGCUGAAGGAUACUAUCGGAGUGGCCAAGGACAAUGGCUCACUGCACACCCUCGACUGGGAUAAGAUGCCACUGCCGCAAGUGCUUAUCAAGGCCGAUCGCGCGGCGAAACUAGGAAACCCAUUAUACAGCAUAGACAACACGAGAAAGCGAAAGUCUACCGAGUCGACAAUCGAAGGCGUUACGAAAGCGCCGUGGAACACGGCUAAGGACCGUAGUUCAUUGGAAGCUCGAACAUCGUAUCCGUACGAAAAGCGAGGCGACUUGGACGACAGUGCAAAGUCCAGUAAGUUCCAGAAGGACGCGAGCAAGCGCAAGCGACGCUUUGAGACCGAGUACAAAGCCGCGAACAUUACGCCGACGGAGAGCACUCUGUCGUCAGGGCCUAUUGUGGGCACCAGCGAAGUGUUAGAAAAGAGAUAUCUACGCUUGACUGCCCCGCCUAUUCCCUCCAACGUUCGUCCGGAGCACAUUUUACGCCAAACCUUGGAUUUGCUGAAGAGGAAGUGGAGGAAGGAGGGCAACUAUUCUUAUGUGUGCGACCAGUUUAAAUCGAUGCGACAAGAUUUGACUGUACAGCGCAUAAGAAACGACUUUACGGUUUCGGUGUACGAGAUUCACGCCAGAAUCGCGCUUGAGAAGGGGGAUAUUGAAAAGGAGGAAAUGCCGAUUAAGCACGCUUUGAACGUGCGAUCGGCAUUGGCGUUGGGAAACUAUCACAAAUUCUUCCAGCUAUACCUCGACACACCCAACAUGGGAGCAUAUCUUAUGGAUAUGUUUGUGGUCAGAGAACGCCUAGCAGCGCUAUGUAAUAUGUGCAGAGCGUACAAACCCGAUGUCAAGCUCCGAUUCGUCACUGAAGAGCUUGGCUUCGAGUCGGAUGCGGAUGCAGCCCAGUUCAUCAUUGACCAACAAGGCCAAGAUUUGCUUGAAGAUCGCUCCGACAAUAUCGUAUUUUUGACAGGCAAAGCGGGCAACCUCUUUGAGACAUCCCGCGCGACAGCCUUCAGAAGUGUUGACAUCAAGGGUCAGAUCUGA